GCGUCAGGGAGGAGCAGUGCAGCGGCGCGGGCGGUGGUCGAGGCUGGGCGGCGGCGGCGACAAGGGCCCGGCUUGUGGGACCCACAGUGGGAGCCGGCCUCGGCGCGCGGCCACCAUGUCUGCGCCGUCGGAGGAGGAGGAGUACGCGCGACUGGUGAUGGAGGCGCAGCCGGAGUGGCUGCGCGCCGAGGUGAAACGGCUGUCCCACGAGCUGGCCGAGACCACGCGCGAGAAGAUCCAGGCGGCCGAGUAUGGGCUGGCAGUGCUCGAAGAGAAGCACCAGCUCAAGCUGCAGUUCGAGGAGCUCGAGGUGGACUAUGAGGCCAUUCGUAGCGAGAUGGAGCAGCUCAAAGAGGCGUUUGGCCAGGCACACACAAACCACAAGAAGGUGGCUGCUGAUGGUGAGAGCCGGGAGGAAAGCCUGAUCCAGGAGUCAGCCUCCAAGGAGCAGUACUAUGUGCGGAAGGUGCUAGAGCUGCAGACAGAGCUGAAGCAGCUGCGCAAUGUCCUCACCAACACUCAGUCUGAAAACGAGCGCCUCACAUCGGUGGCCCAGGAGUUGAAGGAGAUCAACCAAAAUGUGGAGAUCCAGCGUGGCCGCCUGCGGGAUGACAUCAAAGAGUAUAAAUUCCGGGAGGCUCGCCUGCUACAAGACUACUCAGAGCUGGAGGAGGAGAACAUCAGUCUGCAGAAGCAAGUAUCUGUGCUUAGACAGAACCAGGUGGAAUUUGAGGGCCUCAAGCAUGAAAUCAAGCGUCUGGAGGAGGAGACCGAAUACCUCAACAGCCAGUUGGAGGAUGCUAUCCGGCUUAAGGAGAUCUCCGAGCGGCAGCUGGAGGAGGCGCUGGAGACGCUGAAGACAGAGCGGGAGCAGAAGAACAACCUGCGUAAGGAACUGUCUCACUACAUGAGCAUCAAUGACUCCUUCUACACCAGCCACCUGCAGGUCUCCUUGGAUGGCCUCAAGUUCAGUGAUGAUGCUGCCACUGCUGAGCCCAACAACGAUGCUGAAGCCCUGGUCAAUGGCUUUGAGCAUAGUGGCCUGGUCAAAACACCACUGGACAAUAAGACGUCCACACCCAGGAAGGAUGGCCUGGCACCCCCCUCCCCCAGCCUGGUUUCUGAUCUGCUCAGUGAGCUCCACAUAUCCGAGAUCCAGAAGCUGAAGCAGCAGCUGGUGCAGAUGGAACGGGAGAAGGUAAACCUGUUGGCAACACUGCAGGAUACCCAGAAGCAACUGGAGCAGGCGCGGGGGGCUCUCUCUGAGCAGCAUGAGAAGGUGAACCGCCUCACAGAGAACCUUGGUGCCCUGCGGCGCCUGCAGGCUGGCAAGGAGCGGCAGACAGCCCUAGACAAUGAGAAGGACCGUGAUAGCCAUGAGGACGGCGACUACUACGAGGUCGAUAUCAACGGGCCUGAGAUCCUGGCCUGCAAGUACCACGUGGCUGUGACUGAGGCUGGCGAACUCCGAGAACAGCUCAAAGCACUGCGUAGCACACAUGAAGCUUGUGAGGCCCAGCAUGCUGAAGAGAAGGGCCGCUAUGAGGCCGAGGGCCAGGCACUCAGUGAGAAAGUCUCCCUACUGGAGAAGGCCAGCUACCAGGACCGGGAGCUGCUAGCCCAGCUGGAGAAGGAGCUGAAGAAAAUGAGCGAUGUGGCUGGUGAGACUCAGGGCAGCCUGAGUGUGGCUCAGGAUGAACUUGUGACCUUCAGUGAGGAGCUAGCCAACCUCUACCACCAUGUGUGCAUGUGCAACAAUGAGACGCCCAAUCGUGUCAUGCUGGACUACUACCGAGAGGGCCAGGGCAAGGCUGGCCGCACCAGCCCUGAGAGCCGUGGGCGCCGUUCACCUGUCCUCCUGCCCAAGGGGCUGCUGGCCACAGAGAUGGGCCGAGCAGAUGGUGGGACUGGGGACAGCAGCCUCUCACCCAGCUCCUCACUGCCAUCACCUUUGAGUGACCCCCGCCGGGAGCCUAUGAACAUCUACAACCUUAUUGCCAUCAUCCGUGACCAGAUCAAGCAUCUGCAGGCAGCCGUGGACCGCACAACUGAGCUGUCUCGUCAGCGUAUUGCCUCCCAGGAGCUGGGCCCUGCUGUGGACAAGGACAAGGAGGCUCUCAUGGAGGAGAUCCUCAAACUGAAGUCGCUGCUGAGUACCAAGAGAGAGCAGAUCACCACGCUACGCACGGUGCUCAAGGCCAACAAGCAGACAGCUGAAGUGGCCCUUGCCAACCUGAAAAGCAAGUACGAAAAUGAGAAAGCUAUGGUGACAGAGACCAUGAUGAAGCUCCGCAAUGAGCUCAAGGCCCUCAAGGAAGACGCGGCCACCUUCUCUUCACUACGUGCUAUGUUUGCCACCAGGUGUGACGAGUACAUCACACAACUGGAUGAGAUGCAGCGGCAGCUGGCAGCUGCUGAGGAUGAAAAGAAAACACUUAACUCCCUGCUGCGCAUGGCCAUCCAACAGAAGCUGGCGCUGACCCAGCGGUUGGAACUGCUCGAGCUGGACCACGAGCAGACCCGCCGGGGCCGCAGCAAGGCUGCUCCCAAGGCCAAACCGGCCACUCCGAGCGUAAGUCACACCUGUGCCUGUGCCUGUGCCAGCGAGAGGGCCGAGGGCACUGGGCUGGCCAACCAGGUGUUCUGCAGCGAGAAGCACAGCAUUUACUGUGAUUAGCUGUAGAGUAGCUGCCGGGAGGACGUGGCCACGUGGCCCUGUCACACUGCAGCCCCUUCCCCCUUCCCCUCCUGUGGCCCAUGCAGAGGAAGGAAGGGCAACCUAAAGUCCACUUAGAAACAUUUGGAUAUGCCACUGCAAUUCUUUUCAUUAUAGCAUUCCCCAAGUUUUUAAUGGGAGGAAAAAAAGCUUUAAUAUUGAGAAUGCUGCAAGCUGCUGCUUGGAAAGGCCUCUGUGUGGCCGAAGAACCUGCUUCCACUCACUGCCAGGCUCUCUAAGGGCCUGCUGGAACGCCCACCACAGGGUCUCCUUAUUACACAUGUUCCUUUUUUAUCCGAUCAACCUGUGCACUUUUGAUAUUUUGAUAGUAUGUUUGCUUCCUAAACUCCUCGUUUAGAGACGGUCUCCGAUGCCGUGGUCUGUGCUCAUGGUCCUGUAGCUAUCCGUCCUAGCUCGGGCGUGUUGAUAUGGCAUCGGCACAAGACAGAGCUGUGCUCCGUAGUGUGUAGCUAGACUGGAGGUGAGGCUUCGACCCUGCGAGGAGCUCGGCCGGCUAGUGUACCCAUGCUGUGGUUCAGCAGCCUUUUGAGGACACGGCAUUGUGCUUCAUGUUUGAAAUUACAGAUUUUAAAUGCCAUGUUCAUUAAGAAAUCCAGGGUAUUCCAAUUCUGGGGUUUUUCAUAUUGUAUUAUUAUUAUUCUUAGGAAUAGUUCAAUGUAACAAGAAGAAAACUUGACCUUUGCUCUGGUUGAAACAGUAAUAGGCACUUGAAAGCAUAAAUUAUUGAAUGAGUAGUAUUACCUACAAAUUCCAGAGUUUUCUGGGUUUUAGGACAUUGUGAAGCAUGACUGAUUAACAGAAUUUUAUACAACUGUACCAGUGAAAUUCCAAAUUGGAAUUGUUUUGUUAUUCUGGUUGUUGUGCCAAAUUGUGGUACACUUAGAAAAUUCUACAGUCGAUUUUUAGGGUGUUCUAUUUCAACACCUUUUUGUUAGUAACCAUUGCCGGUAGUGCCUUCAUCAAUUAAGGGAGGUGUCCCAGCCAAGUUAAUUGUCUAAAGUGGACGGCAGAGGACUAGUUGGGAAUGCUGAAGGCCAGUGUGGACCAAUAGGUGGGAGCAACAGGUGGGAGCAGGCGCCUGCCUCUCACAUUGCACCUGGGCGUCUUCAUCGAGGGGGAGAGAACUGAUUGUGCAAAAUUCUGUUAGUCAGUGAUUCUUUACAUGCAAAUUCAGGGGCUUAGAAAACAAAAACAAACACAAAACCUUGAGUGUGCUUUGGGAACCAAAUAGACUUUAUGGGACAAGCUAAGCAAGCUGUAGGAACACCACGUUUGUGAAGAGCUGAGGACAUCAGGAGAGCCGGCGCAGUUGCCCUGAGUUUGGGAAGAGGGUUAGCCAUAGUGUUCUUUGCAAAUGUGAAACCAGACAUUAUAUCUUCUCUUGCUUGGUGUAACUAAUCACUGUUAAUUUCAGGAAACAGAACUCACUAAAACUCCUUAGCAAACUAUUUGCUAAGUGAGGUUUGCGGGUGUGGUCAAAUUGGUACUAGAGGAGGAAGAAAAAUUGUCCUCUGUCCUCCAAAAAAAAGGGACAAAUUAUAAUAAUAUAAAUUGCAAGAAUUGAAGAGUUCUGUUUCCUGGAAGGAGCAUUUAUUCCUAGUUGUUGGGAUUCCUCUAUUUUACCUUCUGUUACAGUGUUGAUUCAUAAGAAAUAUUGUCACAUUUGAGAUAACAUCAUCUGUAUGGGGUAUUUAUUUGCAAUGAUGUCUAAGUACUGUAUUUUUUCUGUGCAUUACCUUAGUGUCAGAAUGUUGGUCUUUAUUUUAAAGUCAUAUGCAUGUUCUCCUGCCAAGGAAUCUUUACACAGACCCAAACAAAUAAUAUUAAGCAAAUGCCUUCAGUUUCUGAAAAAAUGAGGCAGAAUGCGGAAAGGGCAAAAGAGGGAGAAAUUAACAAAGACUUGGGACAGUUGUUGUGUGGCACAAAUGUCACCAAAGCCAGUGCGCACAGGAACAGUGGGCCUGGGUAAAGAGUCAUAGUGGUAGGACAAUAAAGAAUAAUAAAAAGAUGAAGCACA